GUUGUAAAGCCGAUUGGCUAGGCGGGUAACAGCAUGUCUGAUAUUUUCUGGAUGUUUCUUGAUCAGCUGAGCCUGACGUCAAGACAGAGGUGAUAUAAACACAUGUGAAUAAGACCUGACUGGUAAAGGUACGAACACAGAGUGAGUGGAACCAGGUACAGGGAGAUAGAGGCAGUAAGAGUAGCACGAGCUGGGACAGAGAACCACAGGCAGGGUGAGUGACAGCUACAAGGAGACAUCCAGAGACAGUAACAGCCAUGAUGAGUGACAGCAGUUACAAGGAGACACCCAGAGACAGUAAAAGGCAGGGUAAGUGACAGCAAUUGCAAGAAGACAGCCAGAGACAGUAACAGGCAGGGUGAGUGACUGCAGUUACAAGGAGACAGCCAGAGACAGUAACAGGCAGGGUGAGUGACUGCAGUUACAAGGAGACAGCCAGAGACAGUAAUAGGCAGGGUGAGUAGCACAGGAGCGAGUGAAGGGGCAGCAGGGCAGAUCUCUCAGGAGACAGCAGAAAUACCUGUAUUCCGGGAGGAGACCUAUUUGUCAGGCCCCCCUCAGGGGCUGGACUAUCAUAAAGAACAGAGGUUAGCUAACUGUGCUUGGAAAUGUGGGCCUGAAGUAAUUAAAAUGCUAUAGAUUAAGGUUGCCUGGGGAAUUAAAGGUUAAUAGAGACGCAGUUUUCCUCAGAGUGGCAGAAAAAAGCAGGACUGCUCAGGAAUUAGUAUUAUUAUAUUGUCAAUGUCCUGGCUAGAGUGCUGACUGUAUAAAUGAACCCAGUAUUCUUCCUCCCUGUCAUGGACAUGUAGCACCCCUAGGCAUCAGUCACAUUCUAAAGGACAAGCUUGGGCUGAUGGUUAUUGGUUGAUGGUUGUGUCUGGAUCAAUGGCCUGUGCAUUAAUCGCCUUCCAUCUGGAGACUCCUACUGAUUCCCAUCCAUAGACCUCUGCUCAGCACCAGCCCUGGGUAUUCACUGACGGAAAGAGGGUCAUUGCAAAGAAUCCCACCAUGGUAGAUUAUUACGAUACCCUUGGGGUUCCCCGAAAUGCCACUCAGGAUGACAUUAAAUGAGCGUAUCGGAAGUUGGCAUUGCGCUGGCACCCAGACAAGAAUCCUGACAACAAGGAACAUGCAGAAAAGAAAUUUAAAGACAUUGCAGAAGCCUAUGAAGUCUUAUCAGACAGAGAAAAGCGAGACGCAUACGAUAAUCAUAUGACUUCAGGUUUCUCUGACGCAGGAUCAUUUAGGACCACAAGGGUCCAAAGACCUUUUGAUUUUGGAUUCCAGUUCCAUCGUCCAGAAGAUGUGUUCCGAGAAUUUUUUGGUGGGAGAGACCCCUUCUCUGAUAUGCUUGGUGAUGACUUCUUUAUGUUCUCCAAUCAGCCCCUUGGUGCUACUCAUCGUGCCAAUUCUGUGCCCAUGUUUCCAUCUACUUUCCCCUUUGGCAGCGAAUUCUCCUUUCACAGUGGAGGCCUUGGAGGGUCAGGGAAUUUCAGCUCAAUGUCUACAUCAACCAAGUUUGUUAAUGGCAAGAGAAUGACAACUAAAAAGAUCAUGGAAAAUGGUGUAGAGCGUGUGGAAGUAGAAGAGGAUGGGAAGCUAAAGUCUGUCUGGAUUAAUGGUGUUGAGGAUGAUUUGGCUCUGGCAAUUGAGCUGAGCAAAAGGGAUCCAGCCUCUCUGCCCAGAGCCAGCACCAGGACAUAUGGUACAUCAUACAAUGUACAUCGGCAUUCUUCACCAGAUACACCUGUGGUGCUGGACAGUGAUGAUGAAGAUGAAGAGCUUCAGCUGGCUAUGGCCUACAGUCUGUCUGAGUUUGAACAAUCCAGACAAUACCCAGAAGGUGUGCAGAGUAGGAAGAGAUUGAGAAAAGAGACAGGGUUUAAGGAGCAAGCAAAAGGGCAAUGUGGCUACAUGCCAAACUGUGAACAAAAGAAUCAUCUACAGGCAGGGGACCACCAAGGGAAGCAGGUGUCAGGAAUGCAGGCAGGGCACCAGAGGGAGCUGGGGGCAGAGAGGAGAACAGUAGGGCUGAGUCUGGGGAUAAAGACAACCCCAAACCUAGCAAAAGCAGAUGCUGUGUCUCCUGAUGAGUUGCACUUAGAUCUGUCCCCACCAGGAGGCACUAGGCUACUGCACCUAAACGUAUGUGCUCUGGAUUUGGGGCAAAAUACAAUCUCUUGUAUUGGUGGAUUAAGUAGAGCAAAUCUGUUGCCCAUCUAGUCCCAUGCUGCUUUGGGAAAAUUGUUGUGCCUUAUGUAUCCCUCAGGUACUCUGUAUCUGGAUGCUGGUUACAUAUUAUGGGGUAGCAUUUUUAUAUACCUCUACUUGAAAUGUAAAUAUUGCUGGUAGCCAGCCAGGUGUGAUAUAUGUACAAAAUAUUUUGAUUGGCUAAGGCCUCUAUCAUGCACUAUUUGCUUGUCUGCACCAUGGCUUUGCCUGUUAUUUCUGUACAAUAUUCCCCCCUUACGUAAUCAGUGCCCUUGGGAUCCCAUUGGGCAUAGUCCAUGCCCUUUGGUUUCAAUAUAUAUUGUAAUCAUGUAAUGCUUUGCAUUGCCUUUGACUGUGCUUAAAUGCUGCCAUACUGAACACUGUGCUUCUUUCAUUAGGUGUGUUCUGAGUCUGGAGUCAAACAAUUGCCCUCACGUUUUCCAGUCGCUGAGGGUAUAGGUGAACAUACUUGCCCCUUGCACCCUCUCAUUGCACAGACCAUCCUGCGACCCAGGGGCACUUCUUAUGCAAUAUAUUCACAGGUAUAGGGGUGCAUUGUCUGCAGUGCAUUUCUAUAAUGCUGAAGGAUAGACAGCUUUUAUCUGCAAUUAUAUUUACAAUUUAUAUACAGAAAUAUGCUUAUAAUUACCUUUUCUUUCAUUAUGCAAAAAUCAUUGGUUUCUUGGUUUAGUUCUGCCUUGGCUGUUGCCUUAUAAUUGUAAAAAAAAAACUGCUAAAAUACACUAAAAAAUACAUGAAAAAGUUUGGGAACCCCUCUCAGCCUGCA